AAAAAAAAAAAAAAGGAGGACUGGACCAACAAAAGGCCACCGUAGUAUCGUACAGAAGAAGAGAAUGGCGUAUUCGGUGGGAUCAUGACAUUGGGCACAAUGCACCGUCGAGUCAUAAUUGAACAAUUGUCAGCAACGACCAAAGAACCCAGCGUGCCAUUGCUGGUUUAAAAGGCCUUCUUUGCCCUCUUUCUUUGUCUCGAACAACAUAACCCAUUCUCGCCUGCCUCCCUUCUCAUUCACUCUUAUCCUUUACUUAUCUCACCUCGCUCCCUCUCUUCUGGCCUAUAAACACGCAUUUUUAGUCACCAACCUCAGGAAACGCCAUGGUCAAAGUUGUCAUUUGCGGUGCCGCCGGCGGAAUCGGUCAGCCUCUGUCGUUGCUCUUGAAGCAAUCGGACUUGAUCACGGACUUGGCGUUGUAUGAUGUUGUGAACGCGCCUGGUGUGGCCGCAGAUCUUUCCCACAUCAACUCAAAGUCCACGGUCACUGGACACGGCAAGGACGACAUGGAUGCUGCCCUCAAGGGAGCCCAUACAGUUGUCAUUCCAGCUGGUGUACCUCGCAAGCCUGGCAUGACCAGAGACGAUCUUUUCAAGAUCAAUGCCGGUAUUGUUCGCGACCUUGCAACGGGUGUGGCCAAGAACUGCCCUGAAGCAUUUGUCCUGGUGAUCUCGAACCCCGUCAACUCGACCGUUCCCAUUGUCUGCGAGGUCCUCAAGAAGCAUGGCGUCUUCAACCCCAAAAAGGUUUUCGGCGUUAGCACACUGGACGUUGUCCGUUCCUCCAGAUUCGUUUCGGAGGUCAACCCCAAGAUCGACCCUAGCACCAGGGUCACCGUUGUCGGUGGUCACUCCGGUGUCACCAUUGUGCCCUUGCUCUCCCAACUCCCCAACUCAUUCGCCGAGUCCCUCUCGAAGGACCAGCUCGAUGCCCUCACGCAUCGUAUCCAGUACGGAGGCGAUGAGGUCGUCAAGGCCAAGGAUGGUGCUGGAUCCGCCACGCUUUCGAUGGCCUAUGCGGGUGCACGCUUCACGCUCACGCUGCUUGAAGCGACCGUGGCAGGCAAGACUGGAUUGGUCGAGUCAACCUAUGUGAACUUGGAUGCGGAUGCUGAGAAUACGGCUGCGUUCAAGGAGAAGACUGGAUUGGAUUACUUUGCACAGGACGUUGAGUUUGGUCCCGAGGGCGUGGGCAAGGUUUUGCCGUUGCCGCAGGUCUCGAGCUAUGAACAGACGUUGCUCGACGCUGCGAUCCCAGAACUGAAGGUCAACAUCGCCAAGGGCGCAUCAUUCAUCACCGACAGCGCUUAGAUACACGCUCGUCGAAUAUGUUUUUACAAACGCCAUACAUAACUUAAACGGAAGCAUCAAGAACAAGAGUCGUUCUCAAUGCGCUCCUUUGUAAAAUAAAACCCUUCCUGAACAGCCAGUA